AUGAGUAAAUCAUCUGUACCCGGUACAAAACAAAUUCAAUAUGAUCGUCAACUUCGUUUGUGGGGUGAUCAUGGACAAAAAGCAUUAGAAUCUGGUCGAGUUUGUUUAAUUGGUGCGAAUGCAUUAGGUGCAGAAAUUCUUAAAGAUCUUGUUUUGCCUGGUCUUGGUUCAUUUACAAUUAUUGAUCAUGAAUUAGUCACAUUAGCUGAUUGUGGUUCGAAUUUUUUUGUCCAUUCUUCAAUGAUUAAUCAAUCGCGUGCUCGAGUUACUUGUGAUUUUUUAACCCAAUUAAAUCCUGAUGUACAUGGUAUCUAUAUCGAUAAACCAUCUAUUGAUGAUGUACUCAAACAAAAUACAUUUGAUUUCAGUCAAUUUAAUGUUGUUAUUACAGCUAAUCUUUCAAUAAAUACAUUAAAUAUUCUCGCUAAUCAUUUAUGGAUACUUAAAAUACCUUUACUUGUUGCUCGUAUUUAUGGUUUUAUUGGUACAAUUCGUCUUCAAGUAUUUGAACAUUAUGUUAUUGAAGCACAUCCUGAUGAUACAAUACCAGAUCUUCGUCUUGAUCGACCAUUAAAUGCAUUUGUUAAUUAUUGUAAUUCAAUUGAUUUUAAUUCUUUAACACGUGAAGAACAUUUACAUUUACCAUCACUUAUUAUUCUAUUUAAAGCAUUACAAAUUUGGCAAAAACAACGUAAUAGAAACGAUUUACCAAAUACACGUAUAGAAAAAGAUGAAUUUAAAAAAAUUCUUGAUCAAUUAUCACAUCAUUCGGCAUAUGAUAUUCAAGAUAAAGCGAACCAUCUUGAAAAUUUUGAAGAAGCUAAACGAACAGUACCAUCACGUCUUGUUAAUACAAACCUUUCAUUAACAAUAAAAGAAUUAUUUCAAGAUCAAUCUUGUUUAGAAUUAUCAAAUCAAACAAAUAUAUUUUGGUUUAUUAUUCAUGCUAUAAAAUUAUUUAGUGAAAAUGAAGGACAAGGUUUAUUACCUGUUCGUGGUGAAGUACCAGAUAUGAUAACAAAUACAAAUUCAUAUAUUAAACUUCUAAAAAUUUAUCAAGAACAAGCAAAAAAAGAUUGUGAAAUCGUUAAUAAUUACCUUUUUGAUUUAUUAAAAAAAUAUAAUCGUUUAUCAAAUGAAUAUAUUAAUUCAUAUGAUCUGGUUGAAAUAUAUUGUAAGAAUGCAUCAUUUUUAAGAGUGUUAAGAACAACUGCAAUAAAAAAUGAAAAUGAUUUAAGAGAUGAAACAGAAUCAAAUCUUUCUUGGUAUACUGGUUUACAUCUAUGUGAUUUAUUUUAUGAAAAAUUCCGUCGUUAUCCCGGAGAAUUUCUUUCUGAUGAAAGACAAUUUGAAAUAGAUUUAAAUGAUUUAAAACAAAUAAGUAAAAAACAAUUUAGUAAAGAUUUUAUGGAUGAUGAUAAACAACAAAUUCUUGAAGAACUAUGUCGAUAUGGAGCAUCAGAACUUCAUUCAAUUGCUGCUUUUAUUGGUGGAUGUUGUGCACAAGAAGCAGUUAAAUUAAUAACACAUCAAUAUAUUCCUAUUGAUAAUACACUUAUCUAUAAUGGUAUUCAACAAUCAAUAAAUGUACUUAAGCUUUAA